AAAAAAUCAAAAAAAAUCAUUCUACUCCGUAGUCGGUACGGAACUUAAUCCUAUUACCAACUCCCGAAGCCCCGAAAUUUGAAAGAGAGCUCUCGCAAAAUAUAAGCUGGAAAAAAAUACGGCAUAAUACGUUCCUCUUUUGAUUUAUACAACUACGCAGGACGGUACCAAGCCCGUCCUCCAUCCAAGUGUCAAAGGCCCACUUGUUGAACAGAACUGCGCCAAGAUCUUAUCUUUCAACACGCUCAUUGGCUACUCCCCACCUCCCGCACCCCAAAACCCACCCUGCACGGCGCAGUGAGGCCGACAAAAAAAAGUUCACGUUCUAGCCUCGCGACUCGAUCAAGCCUAGAGGCGCGGCAAACGCUCCUUCCAAGUUCCCCACGACUAACGGCCCUCCAAGUCUCUCGUUUCCGAUAAAUUUUGGCUGAACCGCUCAUUCCUGAGCAAUUUCUGUCGCAUCGACGAUGGCUGACAGCAAAGGCGCCAAGAGAUCGAGCAUAGACGGCGACAGCUUCCAGGACUCCAAACGUCUUAAGAUGGUGAACGGCGGGGGCAAUGCGACUACCGACCCAAAGUACAACAAGUACCUGGCGCAUCAGUAUGAGGAUGGCCAGAACCAAAAUGGCUUCCAGUCGCCCCUCGACCAGUUUCAAAGACACCAGACGACGGCUAUCCAGGCCGCAAAUGCCGAAGAUUCGGACCUCAAUCCCUGGACGAACAAGCCGCAUUCGCAGCGCUACUUUGGCAUCCUGAAGAGCCGACGCGACCUCCCCGUGAGCAAGCAGAGGCAGGAAUUUCUCGACAUGUAUCACAGCACACAGAUCCUUGUCUUCGUCGGCGAGACGGGAUCCGGCAAGACCACCCAGGUCCCGCAGUACGUGCUCUACGACGAGCUGCCCCACCAGACCGGAAAGCUCAUUGCUUGCACCCAACCCCGGAGAGUGGCGGCCAUGUCGGUUGCCCAGCGUGUCGCGAACGAGCUCGACGUAGAGCUGGGCGAGGAGGUCGGCUACAGCAUCCGCUUCGAGAACCGGACCGGCCCCAAAACCAUGCUUAAAUACAUGACCGACGGUCAGCUCCUGCGAGAGGCCAUGCACGAUCACGAGAUGUCCCGAUACAGCACCAUCAUUCUCGACGAGGCUCAUGAGCGCACCCUUGCUACCGACAUCCUCAUGGCCCUUCUCAAGCAGAUCGCCGAGCGCAGGAAGGAUCUAAAAAUCAUUGUCAUGUCUGCUACGCUUGACGCGCAGAAGUUCCAGACAUACUUCUUCAACGCGCCCUUGCUUGCAGUGCCCGGACGAACCUUCCCUGUCGAAAUCUUCUACACACCUGAGCCCGAGCGCGACUACCUCGAAGCCUCGGUCCGAACAGUGCUACAAAUUCACGCUAGUGAGCCGGAUGGCGACAUCCUGCUCUUCUUGACUGGAGAGGAAGAGAUCGAAGAUGCCUGCCGCCGAAUCAACCUCGAGGUGGAUGACAUGAUUCAGGAAUCGGAGGUGGGGCCCCUGAAGGUCUACCCCCUUUAUGGUACCCUGCCGCCAGCUCAGCAGCAGAGGAUUUUUGACAAAGCCCCGGAGCCACUCAAGAAAGGCGGCCGGCCUGGGCGCAAGUGCAUCAUUGCAACUAAUAUUGCCGAGACCAGUUUGACCAUCGACGGUAUCGUAUAUGUAGUCGAUCCGGGCUUCAGCAAGCAAAAGAUUUACAAUCCCCGCACACGAGUCGAGUCACUGCUCGUUUCUCCCAUCUCAAAAGCAUCUGCACAGCAAAGAGCUGGUCGUGCUGGUCGUACGCGGCCUGGUAAAUGCUUCCGGCUGUACACGGAGAAGGCUUUCAAGAAGGAGCUCAUCGAGCAGACAUACCCCGAGAUCCUGCGCUCAAACCUGGCCAACACCGUUCUGGAGUUGAAGAAGCUUGGUGUCGAAGACUUGGUCCAUUUCGACCUGAUGGACCCUCCUGCGCCGGAGACCAUGAUGCGCGCCCUCGAGGAGCUGAACUAUCUCGCAUGCCUGGACGACGACGGCGAGUUGACCAAGCUCGGUAGUCUUGCAUCCGAGUUUCCGCUUGACCCCUCACUGGCCGUCAUGUUGAUCUCGUCGCCGGAGUUUUACUGCUCUAACGAGAUGCUCUCUAUCACAUCGCUGCUCUCAGUGCCACAGAUAUGGGUGCGGCCCAACAACGCGCGCAAGCGCGCUGACGAGAUGAAGGCGCAGUUUGCGCACCCCGACGGCGACCACCUGACGCUCCUAAACGCGUACCACGCCUACAAGGGCGCCGAGCAGGGCGGCGGCGACGUCAAGCAGUGGUGCCACGAGCAUUUCCUCUCGUUCCGCCACCUCUCGAGCGCCGACGACGUCCGCAACCAACUCAAGCGCAUCAUGGAGACGCAAGACAUUGAGCUGGUCAGCACUCCCUUCCAGGACAAGAGCUACUACGUCAACAUUCGCCGCGCACUGCUCGCCGGCUUCUUCAUGCAGGUCGCCAUGCGCGAGAGCAGCAAUAGCAAGGUGUACAAGACAGUCAAGGAUGACCAAAUGGUUAUGAUCCAUCCGAGCACCGUCGUGUCGAGUCCCUAUGACUGGGUCGUGUACAACGAGUUUGUCCUGACGACCAAGAACUAUGUCAGAACGGUGACCAACAUUCGCCCAGAGUGGCUCUUGGUAUGUUUUCUUUCCUUAUUUGUCCUACCAUUCAAUGCGCAACUCUGCUAACUGCUCGCGCAGGAAAUCGCUCCGGUUUAUUACG